UACAAGGUUCAACUGUCACUGUGAUCACCCUGCCCAUUAGAUCUAACCUAUCUGAUCUCCUCUUCUCCUCUGCAAUUCUGUCGCCUAACAAAGAGUUCUUUAGUCUCUGGGGUGGACGUGCCUUGUCAUUAGCUGUUUAUCUCCUCCCACCUGGACCUGUUUGACCUUUAACCCAGCCUCCUGCUCCUUUGAACCGGACUGUUCUCUUUGGCAGUAUGAGCGAGAAGCGAGGAUGUCCCUUUCAGCUGCUGAACCGUGCGCACAGAGACUACGGUGGUAGUGGUGGUGGAGGAUCCAAGACCUUCGGGCCAAAGGGUCAUGGCACCACCAGCCUUACCAACCCGGGACCGAGCCCCAUGGGUAGGAGGAGCCAAGGCUUGGGCACCAUGGACAGUGACAGGUCCCUGGCCCUGGAUGAGGCUGCCGCUGCUACUGCUGACAGUACACGCUACUCUCCUGUUUCACUGAAACUGGAGCCCACAGCAGUGAAUAAUGGGUCAGACACUCCCUGCAGCCCGCAGACGGACACAAAGGACCCACCGCUGCAGAUCGACGGCCGGCCCCCUGCCUACUGCCCUAACCCUCCUCUCCCUCCAGCCAGCCGGCUGCGCUCCACCAUACACUCCCAGAGCCCCUACGUCACCAAGACUAGCAUGCAGGGGGAUGUCUACAACUUCCUAGAGAGACCCGCUGGAUUGAGAUGCUUCCUCUACCACUUCUUGGUUUUCCUCAUGGUCCUGGUAUGCCUUAUCUUCAGUGUCCUGUCCACCAUAGAACACUAUGCCGAUUUUGCCAGCGGAACACUCUUUGUGAUGGUUGAGAAAUACUGA